AUGUCUUCGUGUAAAGCUAUUGGUAUCGACCUUGGUACAACAUAUUCAUGUGUUGGAAUCUAUCAAAAUGGAAAGGUGGAGAUAAUUGCAAACUCAGAAGGAAACAAGACAACACCAUCAUAUGUUGCAUUCACUGAUACAGAACGAUUGGUUGGAGAUGCAGCAAAAGAUCAAGCAGCUCGUAAUCCAGAGAACACUGUAUUCGAUGCAAAACGAUUGAUUGGAAGACGUUUCGAUGAGUCAACAGUUCAAUCAGACUGCAAACAUUGGCCAUUUGGAGUAAAAGGAAAACAAGGGAAACCAGUGAUUGAAGUUGAAAUGAAAGGAGAGAAACGACAAUUCAAUCCAGAAGAAAUCUCAGCAAUGGUACUUCAGAAGAUGAAGGAAACGGCGGAAACAUAUGUUGGACAUGCGAUAAAAGAUGCAGUGAUUACUGUACCUGCAUAUUUCAAUGACAGUCAGAGACAAGCAACAAAAGAUGCAGCAACAAUUGCUGGAUUGAAUGCAAUUCGAAUAAUCAAUGAACCAACUGCAGCUGCUCUUGCUUAUGGAUUGGAUAAAGGAAUAAGCGAAGAGAAGAAUGUAUUGAUAUUCGAUCUUGGAGGAGGUACUUUUGAUGUUUCAAUUCUUUCCAUUUCUGAAGGAUCAAUAUUCGAAGUGAAAUCAACAGCUGGUGAUACUCAUCUUGGAGGAGAAGAUUUCGAUCAGAGAAUGCUUCAACACUUUAUGAAUGAAUUCAAGAGAAAGACUGGCAAAGAUAUUUCACCGAAUCCACGUGCCAUUCGACGUCUUCGAACUGCAUGUGAACGAGCCAAAAGGACACUUUCGAGUUCAUCCGAAGCCACAAUCGAAGUUGAUUCACUUUUCGAAGGAAUUGAUUUGUGCUCGAAAAUAACUCGUGCUCGAUUUGAGGAGUUAUGUGCUGAUCUAUUCCGUAAGACUCUUGAACCAGUUGAGAAGGCUCUUCGAGAUGCGAAACUCGAUAAAUCGAAGAUUGAUGAAGUCGUUUUGGUUGGUGGAUCAACUCGUGUUCCGAAAAUUCAGAAGAUGCUCAAAGACUUUUUCAAUGGAAAGGAAUUGAAUUGUUCAAUCAAUCCAGACGAAGCAGUUGCAUUUGGAGCUGCAGUUCAAGCAGCUGUACUUUCUGGAGUGAAGGAUCAAACAAUUAAAGAUGUAUUACUGGUUGAUGUUGCUCCAUUGAGUCUUGGAAUUGAGACAGCUGGUGGUGUGAUGACCAACUUAAUUGAUCGAAACACUCGAAUUCCAACGAAAGCGUCGAAAACAUUCACAACAUAUGCUGAUAAUCAACCAGGAGUUUCAAUCCAAGUUUACGAAGGAGAACGUGCCAUGACUCGUGAUAAUCACCGUCUCGGAACAUUCGAACUUUCUGGAAUUCCUCCUGCUCCACGUGGUGUUCCUCAAAUUGAAGUCACUUUUGAUAUCGAUGCAAAUGGAAUAUUGAAUGUGUCGGCUGAGGAUAAAUCAACUGGAAAAACGAAUCGAAUCACAAUUCGAAAUGAGAAAGGACGAUUAUCGCAAGCUGAUAUUGAUAGAAUGGUAAACGAAGCGAAACAAUUUGAGAAAGAAGAUGGUGAACAACGGGAACGUGUUAUGGCUCGAAAUCAAUUGGAAGCAUAUGCAUUCCAAGUGAAACAAGCAAUUGAUGAACAUGGAUCAAAACUGGAAUCAGAUGAUGCGAGACGUGUCACAGAAGCAGUUGAAGAGACUCUUCGUUGGUUGGAUUCAAAUUCACUGGCUGAAAAAGAUGAAAUUGAAUUGAAGGAUAAGGAAUUGAAGAGUAUCUGUCAAUCUGUUCUCUCCAAAAUGCAUCAAUCUGCCAAUCAACAACCAUCUGGAUGUGGAAAUCCUGGAUCUGCUGGUUUCAACUCUUCUAAUUAUCCACAAGGACCAACUGUUGAGGAAGUUGAUUAA